AUGGCUUUUAAUCCUGGAAAAGGGGUUGAAGAGCAAGAGAAAAAUGGAUUCUCCCUUUGCCAGGGCAUACAGAAUUCUGAUUCUCCUACGUUUGAAAAUGCGAAACAAGAUGGUAUAGCUCCGGCGCACCAGUCUUCGACUGAUACUACGCCUGGCGAGACGACGUCAACCCCCGCAUCUUCGUUAUCGGUCCCCACCAGUGAGACACAGUCUCCGCCGAAAGAAGUCAAGACAGAACGUGAUGAAAUGCUCGACAACUUGAGUACUUACAUAGGAAUUGGGGCACUUAAAAAACGCAAUGGGAUGCACGAUGAAGAAGAGAUAGGAUCGGUGUUGAACACGGACGACUUUCCAGAGGCGGAGAUCACCAGCUUGGAAAAGCACAAUUGGAUCCGGACUAGUGUCGUCGUGUGCGAGAAUGACCCUCGAUGGUGUUUUGUUCGUGUCUAUGUCUUGCCGGAUGAUGUGGGUCAGAAGCACGUUGCUCGUUCGAGUAAGGCAUUAAGACGUGCGCUCAAGGUCAUUAUGAUGAAGGUAGAUCGGUCAGUCGAUGCAUGGGAGGGGAGAUAUGAUGCGGAUGAGACCAUGGCCGAUGAAGAACCAGAUGCCGGAGAGGAUGAAUCGCUUUGGUACAUUUUCAAUACCUUACAGGACCCCAAGCCUCAAGUGGAAACCAUGAGGGAUCUAUACGCGAGAAGAUCCAUGGAAGAGUUACUUACAGUAACUGCCAACGGGCACCUGGAAACGGGACAAGACUUUUCUGGUGUUGAGGGACUUAAGACGCCGUUGUAUCCAUACCAGCGUCGCUCAGCAGCUGCCAUGGUUCAGCGAGAAGCGCAGCCGGCACAGGCGCUGGAUCCCCGGCUGCAGGUAUGCAAAACCCCAGUCGGCGAUGAAUACUUUUACGAUAAGGAGGAGGGAAGUAUUUUGUGUGAAAAGAGAAUGUACUCGGAGGCUUGUGGAGGUAUCCUGGCGGAGACCAUGGGCUGCGGCAAGACACUCAUUUGCCUGGCAGUGAUACUGUCAACCCGAGGUCAUGUCCCUCAGAUUCCAUUGCAGUAUCAGGAGAUGGGGAACCCGGUCCGCGAUAAAACAGCAAGUUUGGUUGAAAUGGCAGCUGCCGCCGCAGGCCGAUUUUCUCUUCCAUGGAAAAACCAUUUCGAUUCUUUAAGUCGUGCUGGCGAGUCUUAUUUUCGAUGUAUCCAGGCCUGUGAGAGUAAUCGUGGUGCGUAUAUUAUACCAACCCACACAGCCAGACACGGAGGUCGAUCUGGAGUGGCAUUCCCUAGACCACCAGCACAGCAUCUUCGUCUCUGUUCAGGAACGUUGAUAAUCGUACCACCGAACUUGGUUGAUCACUGGGAACACCAGAUUGCCAAUCACACAGAAGGGUUGAAAGUGUUUGUUCUCCGAAACAACUCGGCCGUGACGCCCUCGGCAGAUGAUCUUUUGCAGUAUGACAUUGUUUUGUUCUCGAGAAUCCGUUUCGAGAAAGAAUCCGGCGAGGUUGUCAACAAUCGACGAGCCUCAGUCAGAAAAGAGGAUUCCCCGUUGACACGUCUUCAUUGGCUACGGAUCAUCGUCGACGAAGGCCACAAUGUCGCAGGCCACCAGACGAACAUGACACACCUCCUGAGCCAGCUGCAUGUUGAGCGUCGGUGGAUUGUAUCCGGAACACCAUCUAGCGGACUGUAUGGCGUCGAAGUCAGCCUAGCUUCUCAGGAAACCAGUGAUGCAGACCGGUCCGAGGCAACCACGGCAGCACUUCGUGGCCGGAAGAAGACGGGAAACGCCAUCGACAAUGAAAACAAAGAUCUCGAUAACCUGCGACGGAUUGUCGUAAAGUUCUUGGAUUUAAAGCCAUGGUCGAAUUCAAAGGGCAACGACCCCGCGGAUUGGACCAAGUAUAUCAAGCCAGUUGGAAAAGAUGGCAAGCGACGAAAAGCCCCAUAUCUCCGAGCCACCCUCCAGAGUCUUGUUGUGCGACAUUGUUUGGACGUCAUUCAUCACGAAACGCCUUUGCCUCAGUUACAUAACAAAGUUGUGUACCUCGAACCCACUUACUAUGAUAAACUAUCGUUGAAUCUAUUCAUAUUCAUUCUAGAAGUCAACGCCAUCGCUUCAGAACGAAAGGACCAAGACUACAUGUUUCACCCACGGAAUAGAAAGCAUCUCAGCCUUACGAUUAAUAACCUACGACAGGCAGGAUUCUGGUGGAAUGGAUUCGAACAAGCAGAUAUUUCAGGCACGAUUGACAAUGCCACCGAGUACCUCGACAAGAACAGAGAUCGAAUGUCAGAAGCUGACAUUGCCACAUUGACCGAGGGUAUUCGGAUUGCUCAAAAAGCACUGAGCUGCGGGAGCUGGAAUGCCUUUAAGCAAUUACAUGAACUAGGGGUGUUCGUCCAGGGUUUCCCGUCUCAUGCGCAAGGCCUAUGGGCGCUGGCGCAUGAUUCGCAUAGCGAACCUUUACUCAUGGGUGUAUCUCUUGCUCGUCGGGCCCAGAAAUUCGUCGCGUCAAAUUUGAACACGUACGACCCGGCUGAAGGUCUUGCGGGGGCAGGAAUCAAAGCACGUCGUGAAUUGUCAGAACGAGAAGGACAGAAUGGUGAUCCCGGGAAGAAAAACAUGCCAGAGAGAAUCGUCAACACAAAGUCUCCCAAGAAGACUUUCUCCAAGGGUCUCUUCAAGACCUUGCCGUCCGAGUCACCACUUGCAGCCACCAAGUUGGUUGGAACUGCAUCGGCUAAGCUGACCUAUCUUCUAGAUCGGGUCCAGGAGCUUCAUUCGACAGAAAAGAUAAUCAUUUUCUAUGACAAUAACAACGCGGCCUUUUGGAUUGCCGAAGGGCUGGAGCUACUUGGCGUUGAUUUUCGUAUCUAUGCAAACACUCUGAAACCCGCCCUACGGACCGCGUAUCUCGCUUUAUUCCGCGAAUCCGAAGCGGUCCACGUACUUCUGAUGGAUCUACGGCAAGCAUCUCACGGGUUGCACAUUGCCAAUGCAUCCCGUGUGUUCAUCGUAAACCCGAUCUGGCAACCGACUGUGGAAAGCCAAGCGAUCAAACGAGCCCAUCGGAUCGGGCAAACCAGGCCUGUGUUUGUCGAGACCCUAGUGUUGAAAGAUACACUGGAAGACAAGAUCCUCAAACGAAGAAAAGAAAUGUCCGAUGCAGAGAUCCAGCAGGCAGAAAAGGACCUACUCGAUGACAAUACAAUGAGCACCAUUAUCCAAAACGAAAACUUCAUCCCCAUGCCGGAGGACGAAGCAUCCACUCGUCUGGCACGUUUAAGGAACCCCCCUGGCUUCUUCGAUCGUCACAAACUUCCUAUCCCCGAUGGAACAGACCUGGAUGAUGCCAAAGACAAAUCCCCAAGCAAACCGACCAAGACAACAACGCCCCGGAAACGGAAGCGUGUGAUCAUGCCCGAUGCCACCCCCGACGAGAAGCCGGACAUCGUCACCCCCCACCGACAGAGAUCAACAUCGGCAGGGCUAGAAUAUCGCAACGAGAAUGGUAUCCUGAUGACGCCUCCUUCACGGGGAUCUUCGCGAUCGCCUAUGCCGCAAAGGCUCUUCUCGCCGGGACGGAUCAGCCCGAGUGCCAACCGGGGCAACCGUCAGGGCUCUGUUGGUGCUGUAAAGACCGAGAAGCGCGUGUCUAUCUUUGGAGGCGAGGAGAAUUCGUGA